GGAGGGGGGAUGGGGGCCGCCCUCCGAGAGGGUCGGGGCCGCCGCCGCCGCCGUCGCGGCGGCGACUGAAGCGGGAAGAGGAGCGGGGGGCGGGGAGCGGCCGCCGCCCCCCGUCGGCGCCGGAGCCCCGGAUCCUGCUCGGAACCAGCCGGCCGUCCCGCGCUACCGCCAGGCUUCACUGAAAACAGAUCCUGCAAGUUCCAGGUGCCUACGCUGGAAACUUGGAGAUCCUGCUUCCUGCUUCCCAGGCCACAGUUGUGGGGAACUUGGGGUGAAGCAGGGAAGUUUCUGUAUUCAGCUGCCCAGGCAGAGGAGAAUGGGGUCUCCACAGCCUGAAGAAUGAAGACACGACAGAAUAAAGACUCAAUGUCAAUGAGGAGUGGACGGAAGAAAGAGGCCCCUGGGCCCCGGGAAGAAUUGAGAUCGAGGGGCCGGGCCUCCCCUGGAGGGGUCAGCACGUCCAGCAGUGAUGGCAAAGCUGAGAAGUCUAGGCAGACGGCCAAGAAGGCGCGAGUAGAGGAAGCCUCCACCCCAAAGGUCAGCAAGCAGGGCCGGAGUGAGGAGAUCUCAGAGAGUGAAAGUGAGGAGACCCAUGCACCAAAGAAGACCAAAACGGAGCAGGAGCUCCCCCGGCCCCAGUCCCCCUCGGAUCUGGACAGUCUAGAUGGGCGGAGCCUCAAUGAUGAUGGUAGCAGUGACCCGAGGGACAUAGACCAGGACAACCGAAGCACAUCCCCCAGCAUCUACAGCCCUGGAAGCGUGGAGAAUGACUCCGACUCGUCCUCCGGCCUGUCCCAGGGCCCGGCCCGCCCCUACCACCCACCUCCACUCUUUCCUCCCUCCCCCCCACCGCCAGACAGCAACCCUCGACAGCCAGAGCCUGGUUUUGAAUCCCACCCUUCUGUGACACCCACUGGCUAUCAUGCUCCCAUGGAGCCCCCCACAUCUCGAAUGUUCCAGGCUCCUCCUGGGGCCCCUCCGCCUCAUCCACAGCUCUACCCUGGGGGUGCUGGUGGAGGAGUUUUGUCUGGACCCCCAAUGGGCCCCAAGGGGGGAGGGGCUGCCUCUUCAGUGGGGGCCCCUAGUGGCGGUAAGCAGCAACCCCCACCCACUACCCCCAUUUCAAUAUCGGGCUCUGGGCCUGGGGGUGCUCCCCCAACAAAGCCAUCAAACACUCCAGUGGGUGGUGGAAACCUACCCUCUGCUCCACCACCAGCCACCUUCCCACAUGUGACACCAAACCUGCCUCCCCCACCUGCUCUGAGACCCCUGAACAAUGCAUCAGCCUCUCCUCCUGGCCUGGGAUCCCAGCCCCUACCUGGGCAUCUGCCCUCUCCCCAUGCCAUGGGGCAGGGUAUGGGUGGACUUCCUCCUGGCCCAGAAAAGGGCCCCACUCUUGCUCCCUCGCCCCACCCUCUGCCCCCUGCCUCCUCUUCUGCCCCCGCCCCGCCAAUGAGGUACCCUUACUCGUCCUCUAGUAGCAGCUCUGCAGCAGCCUCCUCGGCCAGUUCGUCGUCCUCUGCCUCCCAGUACCCCGCUUCCCAGGCCCUGCCCAGUUACCCCCACUCCUUCCCUCCCCCCACAAGCCUCUCCGUGUCCAAUCAGCCGCCCAAGUACACCCAGCCUUCGCUCCCGUCCCAGGCUGUGUGGAGCCAGGGCCCCCCGCCACCCCCUGCCUAUGGCCGCCUCCUCGCCGCCAACAAUACCCAUCCAGGCCCCUUCCCUCCUCCUGCUGGAGGCCAGUCCACUGCCCACCCCCCCGCCCCCACACAUCACCAUCACCAGCAGCAGCAGCAUCAUGGGAGCUCCGGGCCCCCUCCACCCGGAGCAUAUGCCCACCCUCUGGAGGGCAGCAGUUCCCACCAUGGGCACCCCUAUGCCAUGUCUCCCUCCCUGGGCGCUCUGCGGCCCUACCCACCGGGGCCGGCACACCUGCCCCCCCCUCACGGCCAGGUGCCCUACAGCCAGGCGGGCCCCAGCGGCCCCCCCACCUCCUCCUCCUCUUCCAACUCCUCUGCCUCCUCUCAAGGGUCCUACCCGUGUCCUCACCCCUCUCCUUCCCAGGGCCCCCCAGGGGCGCCCUACCCCUUCCCCCCGGCGCCUCCGGUCACCACCUCCUCGGCGACGCUCUCCACAGUCAUCGCCACCGUGGCGUCCUCGCCCGCCGGCUACAAGGCCGCCUCCCCGCCUGGGGCCCCGCCGUACGGGAAGCGGGCCCCUUCCCCGGGGACCUACAAGACAGCCACCCCGCCGGGGUACAAGCCUGGGUCCCCGCCCUCCUUCCGAACGGGGACCCCCCCGGGCUACCGAGGCACCUCGCCGCCCGCGGGCCCGGGCCCCUUCAAGCCGGGCUCGCCCACGGUGGGGCCCGGGCCGCUGCCGCCAGCGGGACCCGCGGGCCUGUCUGCUCUGCCACCGCCGGCCGGCCCGGCCCCAGGACCGCCCCUGAGCGCCACGCAGAUCAAACAGGAGCCGGCCGAGGAGUACGAGACCCCCGAGAGCCCAGUGCCCGCGGCCCGCAGCCCCUCUCCCCCUCCCAAGGUGGUAGACGUGCCCAGCCAUGCCAGUCAGUCAGCCCGGUUCAACAAACACCUGGACCGCGGCUUUAACUCGUGCGCGCGCAGCGACCUGUACUUCGUGCCCUUGGAGGGCUCCAAGCUGGCCAAGAAGCGGGCCGACCUGGUGGAGAAGGUGCGGCGCGAGGCCGAGCAGCGCGCGCGCGAAGAGAAGGAGCGCGAGCGCGAGCGAGAACGCGAGAAGGAGCGCGAGCGCGAGAAGGAGCGCGAGCUGGAGCGGAGCGUGAAGUUGGCUCAGGAGGGCCGUGCUCCAGUGGAGUGUCCGUCUCUCGGCCCAGUGCCCCAUCGCCCUCCAUUUGAGCCGGGCAGUGCUGUGGCUACAGUGCCCCCCUACCUGGGUCCUGACACUCCAGCCCUGCGCACGCUCAGUGAAUAUGCCCGGCCUCACGUCAUGUCUCCUGGCAACCGCAACCAUCCGUUCUACGUGCCCCUGGGGGCAGUGGACCCGGGACUCCUGGGUUACAAUGUCCCAGCCCUGUACAGCAGUGACCCAGCAGCCCGGGAGAGGGAGCGGGAAGCCCGAGAAAGAGACCUCCGUGACCGCCUCAAGCCCGGCUUUGAGGUGAAGCCCAGCGAGCUGGAGCCCCUACACGGGGUCCCUGGGCCUGGGCUGGACCCCUUCCCCCGCCAUGGAGGCCUGGCUCUGCAGCCUGGCCCCCCUGGCCUGCACCCGUUCCCGUUUCACCCGAGCCUGGGGCCGCUGGAGAGAGAGCGCCUGGCGCUGGCGGCGGGGCCCGCCCUGCGGCCCGACAUGUCCUAUGCGGAGCGCCUGGCCGCGGAGAGGCAGCACGCGGAGAGGGUGGCAGCCCUGGGCAACGACCCGCUGGCCCGGCUGCAGAUGCUCAACGUGACCCCCCACCACCACCAGCACUCCCACAUCCACUCGCACCUGCACCUUCACCAGCAGGAUGCCAUCCACGCAGCCUCUGCCUCAGUGCACCCUCUCAUUGACCCCCUGGCCUCAGGGUCUCACCUUACCCGGAUACCCUACCCAGCUGGGACCCUCCCCAACCCCCUUCUUCCUCACCCUCUGCACGAGAAUGAAGUUCUUCGUCACCAGCUCUUUGCUGCUCCUUACCGGGACCUGCCAGCUUCCCUCUCUGCCCCGAUGUCAGCAGCUCACCAGCUGCAGGCCAUGCACGCACAGUCCGCUGAGCUGCAGCGCCUGGCGCUGGAGCAGCAGCAGUGGCUGCAUGCCCAUCACCCGCUGCACAGUGUGCCGCUGCCUGCCCAGGAGGACUACUACAGUCACCUGAAAAAGGAAAGUGACAAGCCACUGUAAACCUGCCAUCAAGAGAACACCCAAGUGUGCAUCUGGAUCUUGGAAGCCUCCCUCCCGGCCUGCCACCCAGAGCGAGGAGGGGUGCUGCUCAGUUGCAGGGCCUCAGCAGCUGAGCAGAGGGAGGGAGGAAGGGACAGAUGGGAACCGAGGCUCCUGUGGUGUGCAGAGGUGGGGAGGUAGGGGGGUGGGGGCAGAAAGCGCGCAGUAUCUUGGACCAGGUCCCUCUUUUUGUCCCCCUGCUUUCUUCCUGUCCCAUGCCCAGCCCCUGGGCCACCACCCCGCCCUGCCCCGUUGGUGUGAUAAUUUCAUCUGUUAGAUGUGGCUGUUUUUGCGUAGCAUUGUGUGCCACCCCCUGCCUCUACCCAACCCCUGUGUGCGCGCCCCCUCUGCAAUGUAUGCCCCUUGCCCCUGCCCCACAUUAAUAAUUUAUAUAUAUAAAUAUCUAUAUGAUGCUCUUUAAAAACAUCCCAACCAAAACCAACCAAACAAAACAUCCUCACAACUCCCCAGGAA